UCCCCGGCCGCCGCCCUCUGAACCCUAAGCUUGCGCCGUCCCCAAUCUCGCCCGCCGGCAUCCACAUUCUGCCCCCGAGCUCUCCGGGCCUCGCCAAAUCGACGAUUCGGGGAAUCGACGAGAGCGGAGUGGGCAAUGGAAGCUUCGCGGUUCGGCUUCGACCCCUCGCUGCCGCCGGCGUGCAAGUUCGAUCCCACAGACGCGGAUAUCGUGGCGUACUACCUCCUCCCGCGCGCCGUCGGCCAUUCGAAUCCGCACGCGCACGCCGUCAUCGACGCUGAUCCCUGCAGCUGCCCUCCCUGGGAGCUCAUGCGCCGCCACGGCCACGCCGGCAGCGACCACGCCUUCUUCUUCGGUCCGACGACCAAGCACGGCAGCCACCGCGCAAGUCGCACGGUCCCCGCAGGGGAGGGCGGCGGCACGUGGCACGGGCAGACAAGCGACGAGACUGGCCUCGUGCUCGUUCGCCGUGGGGGCGACGGCCCUGAGAUCAGCCUCAAGUCCAAGAAGUGGCAAUUCUCUUAUCUCGACAGUGAGAGGAGGACCACUGGGUGGGUCAUGCACUAGUACAUGAUCACCGACCCGCUGCUCCCCGUUCCUGGCGCUGUGAUCUCACGCGUCAGGAUGGACGCUAAGGCCAAGAAGAAGCUCCAGCAGCCAGCCCCUGCCGCUGACAAUAACGGUGGUUUCAUGGGAGAGGCGGCCGGCUGCAAAUCUGCUUUGGUCAACACUGGGGAGGGUGGUUGUUUGUGCUCUCCUCAAUGCUGGAGAGAUGGUUGCUAUGUCAACAGCAGCAAAGUCUCCUUCAAUGAGGACACCAACUAUGACAGAGGGCAAAACAGGCGACUACUUCCUAGCUGAAGAUGGCGUCAGCAAUGCAGAUUGAAAGCAGAUAAGGAAUGCUUGCUAGAAUAGUGUAUAAAUUCUCAGUCACUGUGAUUGCUUGAAUUUGUUAUGUGCUAUGGUUGCGCUUAACUCUUUUGCUUGAUUCUUGAACGAAUUCUCAAUCACUGUGAUUGCUUGAAUUUGUUAUGUGCUAUGGUUGCGCUUAACUCUUUUGCUUGAAUCUAUUACUUAGAUUCUUGAACGAAUUCUCAGUCACUGUGAUUGCUUGAAUUUGUUAUGUGCUAUGGUUGCGCUUAACUCUUUUGCUUGAAUCUAUUACUUAGAUUCUUAAACGAAUUCUCAGUCACUGUGAUUGCUAGAACAUGCAGGAGAUUUCUUCAAAAAAGAACAUGCAGGAGCUGCGUAUCUUUGUAUUAAGAGAGAAAGAAUGGUUCAAUUACAGCAUGAACACUCCACACCUUGGACCAGAGUGAGGAGGGUACUGUGCUAGGAAAAAAAAUUUACAUACACACACCUACAAAGGACCAGACCACCAAGACCAUCUAACACUAAACUUGGGCCACACUCAGCUCGAGGCAUAGGGUAGAAUUAGAAAGCCCCUUAGCCCCAGCGAAUUGCCAAUCGUGAGCUUCAUCUUUAAAGGCUUGAUUGAGUUAUGUGCUCUUGUUGUGUUUUAACUCUUUUGUCUGUGCGAAUCAUCUAUUACUUAGAUUUCUUUAACGAAUUAUGUAUGUUUGUGCAAAUAACUGAAUAAGUUAUUUGAAAAUAUGAAUUAAAAUCUAUUUUUAAUUUAAGAGAACUUUUUAUGUGCUACUUAGUGCCAAAGGAUUUAUCACUUGGACAGAAUGAGCAAUGACAGAUAAUUGUUAACUUUGAUACAGUAAAAUUGGGGGGGGGGGGAACCAGUGAGGCCGUGAUAGAGAUAAACAGGCCCAAAACAGAACAAAAGUUAGCAUAAACCUGGGGAGCAUACGUUUUAGCAAGGAACUGCGUGACAACUCAGAAAACAAAGUCUUCAAACAUAAACGGUCGUUUUGUCACCCUGUUAGCCUUAUGAAAAAUCGCCAAUUUUGUUGAAUGAAUUCAUAACAGCAACUACAUGACCUGGCAUAUCUGUACUCUCUUCCUACACGCCAAAAUGCAAUUGAUUUACUAUGGUUACUAUUAAUAUGGCGUGGCUUACUUACAGGGGGGAGUGCUUGAUUCUUUUAAUACGAAACCUUUUCUCUCGCUUGCUGAGUACCGACUUGGCAAUUGAAGUGAUCCCUACAGUAAAAUAACAAAGUUAUGUAUGUACUUAAGCAACUGAUGAUUAUGAAAACAUAGGAUUACAUCAUGUAAAUUCUAGUCAUCAAAGGUGUUUCUAUGAUGAUUAUGAAAUCAUAGGGAACGGCGCAUGCUGUAGGUAGUAACAUGGGAAUCCGGAAGCUUUGGUUUUUAUAUUUUGUACAAUGCUGAUAUCUGAUCAAAUUUUUUGAAACUGUACAGCGGGGGAGGCCCCCACUGUGGUAAUAUAUUAUUAAAAAUAAGGAUAAAAAAUGUACAAAGCAUGCGGAUGGCACAAUCCCCAGAAAAGGAAACUUCAGAUGUUACACAUUAUAACUACUGUACAUAGUUGACCCAAUUCAGAAAGUAAUAGCUGUGCAACAAAGUUGACAACCAAAGACCAGAUAAGAGAAGUUGUGUGGGCUUACUCCUGAAUACCUGGGAUUUGGUUGUAAACUUGAGAGUCUUUUGUUGGCUUCUCUUAUCUGGGCUUUGUGGUUCCAAGGGGUAAGCCCAGGUAUAUCAAGGGAAGGGCUCCAAGUUGACAACCAAAAACUCUAGCAAGACUAGAUGCUUCUCUUGGCUGAGGUUUAGAGGCACCAAACAAGAUUUCUGGUAAUUUACCCAAUUUAUUUUGAGGCCGGUUGAUAUCUGAUCAAAUCAGAGAGUAGAACAUUUCUAUGCCUGUUUUCAAAUCGUCUAGUCGGACCUAGUCGCCAUGGGACCGAUCAGACGACUAGUCGCGAUUAGUCGUCGAUCAGGCCGAUUAGUCGAGCCUAGUCGGUCCUAGUCGUCUGCCUAGUCGUCCUAUGUGUCCCAGGACCGAUAUGAUAUAUGUACUACAUAUUACUUAAUAAAAAGCAAGCAUGAAGACAACAAUGAUGGUCGAUUUUUCACUUACUUGUGAGAGAUGAUUUGUGAACUGUCCAGAACUAUGUCUCAGCCUCUAUAUACCAAAAACCUAAUGGGCCACCUUGCCAAUCGUCACCGGCCCAGGCCCACAACUCAAAUAGCCCACAAAACAAUCUCAAGUCCGAUCGUUUUCCAACCUGAUCGGCGCGACUAAUCGCGACUAGUCGACGACUAG